GUCCGGCUCCUCCACCUUCCCGGCAGCCCCCGCGGCGGGACAAGAUGGCGGCCGCCAUGGCGGCGGGGCUGGGCCUGAGGGCGCCGCGGCUCCUGGGGCAGGCUGCGGGGUCCGUGCUGCGCCUCGCAGCGGCUCCGUCCUGCCUCGUUGUCCCGGUGAGAACGAGGAAGAAGAAGAAGAGUUAUGCGGUGCCCGAGUGGGCCCAGGAGCUGACCCCCGAGGAGAAGAUGAGGCGGCUCAGGUCCUCGGCGCCCAUAUUUCCAGACGAACACAUAGAACGGACCUUCUACUUGGCUUGCACAGGUGAUAUCAUAGAUCCAUACGUCCCUCCCGAGGGCGAUGCCCGCCUGUCCACCCUGUCCAAGGAGGGGCUGAGGCAGAAGAUGGAUAAGCUGAAGCAGACAGCGGCCUCCAAGCUGGCCCUGCGGAAGAUCAAAGAUCACGACCCGGAUUUCAGCACUAAGACCUUCCCGGAGAAGGCUCAGGAGAUAUUUAUCGAAGCUCACAAUUCCCUGGCAAAUUUCAACAAGCAGAAACUUCACUCGCUGGUGACCGAGCGCUGCUACCCCGAGAUGGUCCGUGGGAACAGGUACAAGACCAUCAGGUGGAGCUUUGUGGAGUCCCUGGAGCCCCCCAGGGUGGUCCACGUUCGCUGUGACAGCGUCAUGAACAGGGGCAACCUGUACGGGCAGGUGACAGUGAGGAUGCACACGCGGCAGAUUUUGGCCAUCUACGACCGCUUUGGGCGGCUCAUGUACGGCGGGGAGCAGGUGCCCAAGGAUGUCCUGGAGUAUGUGGUGUUUGAGAGGUACCUGGUGAACCCCUACAGCUCGUGGAGGAUGCACGGCAAGAUCGUUCCCGAGUGGGCCCCUCCGAAGGAUCCCAUCGUCAAGACGGUGAUGAUUCCUGGCCCAGCCCUGGACCCCUCCCAGGAGUAUGAAGAAGUGAAGUAGGACGUUCUGGAACGUUGGAUGUGGCUGUGCCUGCCCUGGGAGCAGCCAACGAACAAAGUGGCUUCAGAAAUGGCCUCCAGUCACCCCACAGUUGUCCUUAGAGGAGCGAGAGGGGCCUGGGAGAGGGAUUUGAAUGGGCCCUGAGAAGGGCUUUACCCUGUCCAAGGACUUUGUGUGCUGCAGCUUCACCCUCCCUGUGCUUGUCCUCAGGACCAUUCUCUGUCCUGGACUUCCAUUGUGAGCGCCCUUGGCUCUUGGAGAGCCCUUGGAAAUGUGUCCAGACAUGGGAUAUUUGUCACUUCCAUGGGAAGUGUCACAGACCUGCUGCUCAUUCAUUAAAACCUCCACCAGUA